UUUGUUGUUUUCAAAAUGGCAACUGUAAAUAUUGACCAAGAAAUGGAACCUGCCCUAAAUCAAAACGAAGAGCUGCUUGGCAUUACACCUUCUUGUCGGUCGCCCCAUGGUGGGGUUUCUAGGAAACGUAAAGCUGAUAGGAGUAGUUGGAAACAAAGUGUAAGAAAAGUCCAACGUCAGUCGGGUAAAGCUUAUAAAAAUACGAAAGGAGAACAAAUGCCAAAAAGAUCUAUUGUUGCACUAAAAAGUUGCAGAAAUUGUAAAUAUAAAUGUUCUACCAAUAUAUCUGAGAUUGAGCGUCAAAUAAUAUUUGAUAACUUUUGGACCUUAGAUGAUGACGGAAAAAAACAUUUCUAUUCUAAAACUACUGAAAAUCUGGAGAAAAAACGCUGUCGGACAGCUGCUGGUGACAAUUCAAGAAGAAAAACAUCUUAUUAUUAUAGCUUUUUUGUUUCUAAUACACAAUAUAGAGUUUGUAAAUCAUAUUAUCUUUCAACAUUGAAUAUUAGCAGCCAUAGAGUGUUUUACUUUCAUAAGUUUAACAAAUCUUUAACUACUGGAACACCAUUGCAAUCAAAAUCAGGGAAACAUGUUAAAGAUUACUAGAAGAGUCUAAACAAGUUGUACGAGACCAUAUUAACCUUUUCCCAAGAAUUGAUGCUCAUUAUAGCAGGAAAAAGACACAUAAAGAAUACAUGGAAGGAUCA